CGGGGCGGCGGUUGGGGGCGCCCGCUCCUCCCCGCGCGAGCCGCUAGGCUGGCGGCGCCGAGCCCCCUGUGCGCGGCGGCACAGGGGGCGCCUGACUGAGGCGGCGGCAGCGGACAGCGGCGCUUUAGCUGCGAGCUCUGCAGGGUCCCCGCCCACUCUCCUUCCCCUCGCGGCCACCUACCCCGGCUGCACGGCCACCAUGGCGUCCAGCGAGGAGGACGGCACCAACGGCGGCGCCUCGGAGGCGGGCGAGGAGAGGGAGGCCCCCAGCAAGAGAAGGCGCCUAGGCUGGGCAGCCACCGCCUGGCUCACCUUCUACAACAUUGCCAUGACCGCGGGGUGGUUGGUUCUAGCUAUUGCCAUGGUACGUUUUUAUAUGGAAAAAGGAACACACAAAGGUUUAUAUAAAAGUAUUCAGAAGACACUUAAAUUUUUCCAGACAUUUGCCUUGCUUGAGGUAGUCCACUGUUUAAUUGGAAUUGUACCUACUUCUGUGAUUGUGGCUGGGGUCCAAGUGAGUUCCAGAAUCUUUAUGGUGUGGCUCAUUACUCACAGUAUAAAACAAAUCCAGAAUGAGGAGAGUGUGGUGCUUUUUCUGGCCGCGUGGACUGUGACAGAGAUUACUCGCUAUUCCUUCUACACAUUCAGUCUUCUGAACCACUUGCCAUACUUCAUUAAAUGGGCCAGAUAUAAUUUUUUUAUCAUCUUAUAUCCUGUUGGAGUUGCUGGUGAACUUCUGACAAUAUAUGCUGCCUUACCAUAUGUGAAGAAAACCGGAAUGUUUUCAAUAAGACUUCCUAAUAAAUACAACGUCUCUUUUGAUUACUAUUAUUUUCUUCUUAUAAUCAUGGCUUCAUAUAUACCAUUGUUUCCACAACUCUAUUUUCACAUGUUACGUCAAAGAAGAAAGGUGCUUCAUGGAGAGGUGAUUGUAGCAAAGGAUGAUUGAAUGACCUCUGCAAACAAGGUGCUUUUUCCAGAAUACCCAGGAUUACUUGAGUCCGAGUUUUAAUAACAAGAAUAAACAACUUCAUGAAAUAUUGCAGAUUGUAUUAUUUCUUCUAAUAUAACUUGAGACAUGUGGUAUUUGUCAGUAUUUGUCUUCACAUUAUGCCACGUCCAUUUUCUAUAAGAACUAUACAGAUAUUUAUCAACUGUUGGGUAGGUGAGGAUCAUUAAGAAAAUAAUUGGUAUUUUACAAUACCUUAAAAAAAACCUUUUGUGUUUCUUUUUAGUUUUAUAAUUUUUUGCAACAUAUGCUCAAAGCCUUUUAAAUCAAUAUUUAGAAAUUACUUUAGUGAUUUAACAUUAUAUGCCUGCUGUGAUAAUCUAUAUUUAUAAAUGAAAGUAAAUGCAGAAUUACAAUAACUUAUUAAUAAUGUGUUAGUGUUUCUUGAACCCAAGAUCCAUUUUUUCAAGCUAUAAGGAAGGGAGCAUUUUGAUUAAUAACAAUUUUUGGAAGCAUGGAUGUAAUUUGCCAUUGUGAGACCUUAGAUGUGGAUGUCAGAAUUGGAAAAUAUACUUUGGAAAUAUGUCUAGGCCAUUGAAAUUACUUAUACUACUAAGCAAAUUUAUUUUUAUUUGAAUUAGCCGUUCAAGGAUAACCUCUUCAAAUCCAGGGGUUUGAAGGGAUUAAAAACAACGUAAGUAUAUACUUUGCCUCCCUUUCUGCAGCCUGGUGACAUGAGGUGUGUUUAUAAUGUUACACUCAGAACUCUGGCUGGGAAAGGCUGCUCUGUACCGUGGAAUUAUCCAUUGAAAUCAUGUUAUGAUAAUCUUUUUGUGGUGCUGAGAUAAAAAGAAGUUUUGAGCCAUGGUCUGAAGCCAGACUCCUUUUAUCUGAAUUUCACUGAAGAGCAAAAGUCUGAUAACAAAGCUCCUGUCUAAAUAUUUAAUAGAAAGAUACACUGAAAGGUACACUUUCAUACUGUUUUAAUCCUUAACUAAGUUCCUUAAGAAUUUUCCCCUUAUCUUAAGGUUUGCUGCUUUAAAGACUCAAUUUAGAGAGAAUACUAAAUAUGUGACUUAAAAAGAAAAGAAACUUUUCCUACCCUAAUAUAUAUAUAGGUGCAAUUUGGGCUUUCUGUGCUCUGUGGUGUUUGCAUUUACAUCAAUGUAACAUUGCACUUCAAAAUUUUGUCAUCACCUCCUUUUCAAAUGAUUUCACGUCAUUUGUAGUUCAGAAUAGUUCUGCAAACUUCCAUUGUACCUAAUUUGAUUUUUCAAAGGUGCUACUUUCAUACAUUUUAAUGUUUGCAGCUGAAUGUUUUAAUGAGCAGUAUGCAUUAGGUUACUAAUUCUCAAAGUGCAGAUGUGUAAGUCUCUUUUUACAUGGCUUGACCUGUUUUCAUCUUGAAUUUUUAUAUGGAAUGAUAAAAUUUUCAGGGAAAUUUUAUUGUUGGUAACAAAAUAUAAAAUGUUCGCAUAUUUAUCUUGUUAGAUCCUGGCCUCCGAAAUAUAUUUCAAAUCCUUUUCUUGAAAUUUGCAUUAAUUCAACUUGUACUUUCCUUAAGCAGUCUAGUACUCUCCCCGCCACCCCCUCCCCUUAAGUUGUGGAAUAUCUUGAAGUAGGAAUUGUGAUUAACUUUAAUGAGACAGGCACAUGCCCCUUGUAUACUGUUGGUGGAAAUGCAGACCGUGGAAACAGUAUGGUGUUGCCUAUGACCCAGUGAUUCCACUUGUGGGAAUACAUCCAAAGAAACCAGAAAUACUAAUUUAAAAGAAUUUAUGCACCCCUGUGUUCAUUGCCAUGUUAUUUGCAAUAGCAGCCCAAGCACCCAUCAGUAAAUGAGUAGAUAAAAAAGCUGUGAUAUAUUUAUACAACAGAAUAGUACUCAGCCAUAAAAAAGAAGGAAGUCUUACUUUUUGCAACAUCAUAGGUGGACCUGGAGAGCAUUAUGCUAAGUGAAAUAAGCCAGUCAAAGAAAGACAAAUACCAUAUGAUUUCACAUAUAAGUGGAGUCUAAUGAACAAAAUAACAACAGAAAGAGACUCACAGAUACAGAGUACAGACUGACAGCUGUCAGGAGGGAGGGGAUUUGGGGGGCUGCAUGAAAAAUGUAAUGGAAUUAAGCAAAAAGAAUUCCUCAGACACAGACAAAAGUGUGGUGAUAACCAGAGGGAAAGGUGGCAGGGAGGAAGAAGAGGGUAAAGGAGGGGAUAAAUAGUGAUGAAAGGAGACUUGGGGUGGUGAAAACAAUAUACAGAUGAUGUAUUAUAGAUUUGUACACCUGAAACCUAUAUGAUUUUACUAGCCAAUGUCACCCAAUAAAGUGAAAAAUAAUUAAAACUAAAAGUACAAACUCACUGAAAUCGGAACUGUUUCACACUGUCUGUAUGCCCCACACUGCAAUCUGUGUAAAAGAUGUUCAAUAAAUUCUUAUAGAAUGAUGAAAAAAGUGAAAAUAUAUCAAACUAUUCAGUGACUAAUGAAGGGUGCCCCCCCAAAACCAGAAUUAUCUCUUGGAGGACGGGCCCCUUGUCAUAUAGGCUUCCCCACGCUAGGUGAGUGUUCUGGGAACCCAUCUGUAUCCGUGGACCAGCUGGCAUCAGAGGCUGUGUUCGGCUUUGGUAAAUUUUUUUUAAACUUCAUGCAUUUGCCCAUUUCAUGGUGGGUGAUCUAUGAGCACACCUGCCCACAGCAUGCUGAGUAUUCAGGAGUUUUUGACCAAAACCAGCAUAAUCUCUGUGCCCCGCCCUCCCUAUUUACCCCAUCUUGGCCCAAGUGACUUUUUUUGUUUCCCCACAUGAAAAAAGUCCUCGAAAGGACAGUAUUGGCAGGAGCACUAAUAGUCAUCAAAGUCAAUGAGUUCAACCAUUGUUUUGAGCAGUGGAAAAAAUGUCUUGAUAGGUGUAUUGCAUCAGAUAGAGAGUACUUUGAAGGUGACUGAAGUUUAAAUGUAAGAAUAAAUACACAAUUUUUUAUAAAUAAAUUCUGCAUUUUUGGGUCCCCCUUCCUAUCUUAAGAUACUGAAAGUAUGCAUAAGUUUAGGUUUAGUUUAUUUUCAGUAUCUUCCAUAUAACUCAUUUUUAAGGAUUUUAUUUAUUUUUAGAGAGAAGGGAAGGGGGAGAAAGAGAGGGAAAGAAACAUCGAUGUGAGAAACUGGUUGCCUUCUGCUUGCACGCCCUCCACCCCCAGGGUCUCAACCUGCAACCAAAGCAUGUGCCCUGACCAGGACAAAUCGACCCCCUUUCACUUUGUGGACAACCCCCAACCCACUGAGCCACAAGGGUCAGGACCUACUGUGUGCCAAGUACUGUUGUAGGGAAUUUACCAUCUUGCUCCCAUCAUACCUCUCUCUUCCUAAACCUUUGACAAUUACUAGGUUCAAUUGGUUAAGAAAUCCCAUAGCAAAAUAAUUAUCCGUGCUUUAACAGCAUACAAUGCAUUGGUGAUCUGAUGAUUUCAAAGUUCUUUGUUACUUGUGUAUGUGUAAGUAUAUCAGCACCAUUAAAUAGGUAACAUUCUGGUUUCAAACUGCUUUCAAACAAAUGAAAAUCAAUUAUUAAUAGAAAACUGAUAAAUCAUUAAGGCAUCAUUUAAAGACAUUAUUAAAAGCAACAUUUAAAAUAUUUUUCAAAUUAAUGUGCAAAAUGUAGAUGUAUUUUUAACAUGUAGAUCUGGAAUAUACAUAUAACUGAUAAAAUAAAAAUAUGAGCAACACAGUUAUAUAAUUUCUACUUGAGCAUUAAAUGGAAUUGGAACUUCAAUUUGUUCAUCUUUUUAGGCUAAAUUUACACAAACAUCUUAAAUAGACAUAAGUAAUUUUUCUAGAUAUGAAGCUUAAAAAUAUACAGGGUCCAGCACAAAAAAAUGCCCCCUUUUUAU